AUGAAUGAGGGAGAUACAAAGCCAAACCAGGACAAGGUAACAUUGCCUUUGAAAUUAGAUGCAGACACCUGGGCAUCCGUCCUGGAGCAACUCAUGCUGUUUAUGUUUGUAAUUGCAAGAUGGGUGUUACCUAGGGGGAAAUUGACACGCGAUCAACUUUCGCAACUUUUAUUUGUAUACAUAGGAUCUGCAUCAGACGUCAUGGAACUUUUUGUAAUUUUUGAAGAACCAGAAAUAAGGUCAGAUGUUACAUUCAGUUAUGUAACUUUAGGAGUGUGGUCCCUUAGUUUACUUCAAUUCUGUUUAAUCCUUACCGCGACCAGGAAUAUUGGUAGCAGGGCUAUUGCAAAGCAUACUGCUGUAGAUGGUGAUAUUCCAGAGGAUGAAGUGGGACAGGAAAAGGUCGGAUAUUCUGCUUGUUGUGACAAAGUUUUCCAACUAGAAAUCUGGACCUUAUUUAUUUGCUUGAUUUUGCAAGAUGGUCCUUUUCUUGGUGUUAGAUUGUAUGCAAUUUUUGUCAAAGGAGUGUUGUCGUAUGGUAUUAUAUUUUUCACUGCUAAAAACAUCUUGAUUCUGUUUCUGUUAUGCUACAGGGUAAUAGUUCUGUGUUAUUCAAAGUUUACAAAGGAUCUCGAUAACCAAAACAGAAAUAACGGGUUUUCUAGGAAAAACAUUGUUGGACCUUAUUCUGCUGAAAAGAAAUAAGAAGGGUAAACAUUUAGUCGAAAAAUUAUCUGACAAUUCAUAGAAAAAUGGAUAACGUCAGGAAUGUGUGUUGUAACUUAAAAUGAGAAUUACAAAACAUUUGAUAAUAAGGAAAUUAUAAUAUGUUAGAUUAUUUCGUUAAUUUUAGAAAAUAUUUCAGCUGUACAUGUAUAUAUUUUCCGUAUAGCAGACAGUAUUGUUUCAUGUAUUCCAAUAAUUGCUUCAAUUUCUGGUGCACUGCAAACAUAAGUGACACGAGCCAAAGUUUAGCCAAAAAAGUUGUUUUAUAUCACAAUUAGCAAUGUUCGAGCCAGGCUUUAUUUGGGUCAAAACGGGACUGUUCAUUCUCAUCGCAAAAUGUAAAGAACCAAGAUUUGAGCCAAGACAUUUUUUUGUUAUUUCUGGACUUAACCAAAAAAUCCACAUCCAGU